AUGAUCUUACGUUCUCUUUACUUUAUUGUCUAUUUGCCUGUGUGGCAUCUUAUUCUCCUUCGUGGUUCUAUUCCUGUGUGUGGUCUUAUUCCUUUCGUGGUCCUAUUCCUGUGUGGUCUAUCUAUCCUUCAGUGGUCAUUAUCUCCUUCGUGGAAGUCGUCUAUUAUCCUGUGUGGAUCCAAAAAGAAAGACGACAUUUUUGAAGUUGUGACUUCAAUACAUACGGCAAAGCGUGCUCAAACCAUUUGGGAUUUCACAAGCAAAUUUCCUGAUAGUUUGACUGUUGAAAGAUGGUUAUACGAUGAAGGGAUUUACUGCAAGUCGAUGAAGUGCAAGGCUGGAAUUGACAUGAGGCUGAUUGAAGUCAAGAAAGAUGGACAACCAAACCUCACAUGGAAGUGCACCCAUCGCCCAUCUGCUGCAACCGUCAAAAGAAGUCUAUUCGUGAAGGAAGCUUUUUCUCAGGGCUCAAGAUCGGCAUGCAUCAAGUUCUUGGUAUUGUGUGGCUCUACCUUUACAAGUUGGAAUUCCAGGCUAUUCAAGACCUGA